AUGGAUAUUGCAAUCCCCAACAAAAAGCUUAAGAUGGAUAGCAGUGAUGCAACCAUCCCAAGUGUGACGUCACUUUUGGCAAGAAUUGCAGAGCUCGAACAAGAACUGGUACAAACGAAGCUUCUUCAACAAUCACAGGCUUUCAAACCACGCUAUAAUGGCCUUGACAGGAAACAGUCUAGCAUUACAGGUGGGAGAACCGGCUUUACUGGGAUUGGCGUGCAGGACGAAGCGAACAAGCAGUCUAACCUAUUGACCACUUGUCCACCACGUCGUUCCCCUGCCGAAGCGUCCAAGUGCACCUGGAAUCGCUAUCUCCUCAGAAAACCAGAGGAAAACACACAUCCGGCCACCACCAGCGUUGAGGCUGCACUGGAAUGUGCCAGGAAAAACAACCUGGACAUGGAUGAAAUAGACCGCACCAUGUCCUGGAGGCCGUCCUACGAAACCACCAUUUCUUGCGGCUUCGUCGCCGUCGACCUCAAGCAUCACCUUGUCCUGAGCGUUUACAAUAAGAAGCUUGGAAUAUACCAGCUUCCUAAAGGCAGGACGCAGAUCAAUGAAAGUUUUCUCAAGGCCGCUAUACGAGAAACGAUCGAAGAGUCAGGCGUCGUGGUCACACCUCUUCCACUCUUGAACUGGACCAGAGCGAACCCCGAGGACGAGGGUGAUGCCACUCAGACCAACGGUUCUGCAAGGCAACAUUCCCCUCCAGUAGUGCAGGCCUGCCCUGACAAACAGGUCGUAUCCGACACUCUCAACAACGAGUUCAUUGGCGUGGUCAAUUACAUGGACCCCCAGGUUUCUACUCCUAACACACAUAAAUCCAUCUACUACUUCGCAGCCACCUUCGAUGUUGAGGCUCACGAGGCUGGCACUGAGGGUAAGCGUUACGAAGAAAAGUUCAUACCAUGUGCCUACGGUCUGGAGGACACUUUGAAGGUGCUACGAUUCAAGGCCGACCGGGAUGCUGUCACGAAGCUGGUGGAUGACCUUCGCCUGACCAGCAUCUCGUUUUGA